AUGUACAGGCCCCUCUCUCAUUCCAUCCACCUCCCGCCACCUCCUCCUCCGCACCACACAAGGGGGCUGGUGUCUCUGUCGAGCCCACGGACGAGGAGCUACUGGAGGCCACGCAGGAAACAACACCACCCCCUGCGACCUCCAGCAGGAGUCCAGCCUGCAGAGUCACCAGCUCCCUCCUCGCCACCGCCGCCCGCAGCCACGGCAGCCCCCGGUGCUGCUACUCCCGGACAGGAGGAGCUGCCGGGGCCAGCCUUCCUCCCUCCUCCGCCACAUGAGCUGCUGCCCGAGUCAUGGCGGGCAGCUCUCACUGCAGAGCAGCAGCAGUGGAUCGGUCGGGUGCUGUUCACCAGGGACCAGUGGGGGAGGCCGAGCCUCAUCACAGACUUGAAUCUGUGGUGGAGCCCCCCCCAAUCCCGGCCGAUCUACCACCAGCCUCCCGCGUCCCCCGACCCCUUCUUUGCAUGUCGGCUGUUUCUCUGGAUGCCACACCGGAUCUGGCGUCUGCAGCUGACAUGCCCCCAGCCUUCAUGCACCGGGUCCAUGGUGAAGGCUGGGCUGUACAGGACCAUCCGGAGGGUCCUGGACAUCGACGGCUGGUAUCUCAUGGCCACUGAGUACCUGGAGUGCCGUCGAUGCAAGAAGAAGGUCGGCGGGUGGUCACAGGGCAUCAUCAGGCAGCUGGCCCCCACCUACAGCUGCCAGUUCCCAGCAGUACUUACGUACAAGCUGUCCUGUGACCAUAGGGUGGUUACACAGCUGAAGUCCCGCACUCUGGGCAACAGUGCACUCAGCUGUGCAACACCCUGCGGGAGCAGCACUCGGACGCCUGGAUGCGGAGAGCGAUCCAGUACCCUCGGCGUGUGGCGAGCAGUUCCUGGCCUUGUGCAGCGUGAGGGGGCAGUUUCCACCACCACCCCAAAUGCCCACUCUGCCCUCACCCAUCUGGCUGCUGACAGUCUACGGCUAUGA